AUGUCUGGAUAUCCUUAUGGAAACCCACAAUUUCCUCAGCAGCCGAAUGCAAUAUAUCCUCAAAUAUAUAAUCCUUCAUCUGCUCCACCCCCUGGUCCUCAAGGACAACCCAUGAUGCCAGGCUAUCCAUACCAGCCAGGAUUUGCAGUAUAUCCUGGGCAAGGAGUUGGACAGCAGGGACUGCCUCCAUCGGCUAUGUCAUAUCCAAAUGUAGCUCCAACUGCACCAGCUUAUGGCUACCCCGGCUUUCCAAAUGUUACGCCACAACAACCAUGGUCUGUUGUUGAAUGGAUACCUGCGACACCACAGUCUGCCCAUUCUCUAAGCAACAAAGCAGUAGUUGCUGGCUAUGAAGGGCAUGACCACAGUCCUCUUUGGGUUAUUCGGUCAAGAAUUCAGGGAGAUCUUGUACCUGGAAAGCUUGCUAUUAAGCAUAGUGCUGCAUAUGUACCUUGGAACGGACAAGAAAAUCCUGUGCAGAACUUUGAGGUGUGCUGUGCUCCGGCAGACAAGGUCCGUUGGGUUGAGACUAGAGAUGGUAUAGUGCCACCUAACGCUAUAGCAUCUGGUAAUACAGCUGCUGGAGAGCCUCUGUAUGUCGGCAGGGCUAGGGAGCAAGGUUCACUUACUCCCGGAAAGGUCCACCCAAGCCACAAGGUGCUGUACAUAUCCUUUGGCGGCAAAGAAAUUGGUCACAAAGUCUAUGAAAUACUGUGUACAGUGUGA